AGUCGCCCCCUGCUGGAGGCCUAAGUCCCUGCAGCUUCACUGUUCACAACCAGAAUCUAUAAAAACCACAUUACAUAUAUAUAUUAGUAUAUUUAAGGUGCUGAGGGAAAGUCACAGGAUCAGUAUCUGAACUGCUGGUUUGAGUUCAUGGACACUUUCAUCAUCCAGACAUAGUGAACAUUACGCAUGUCCUGGAUGUGUAAAACUACCCGUCUCAGUAUUCUUUGACCUUCCUGACAUCUUCUCGAGCUUCCUGCUGUCACAGCAUGGUGACAGCAUUUGUUUCAGACAGUUUCUGCGUGAUGUCAGUUCAGCAUGGUUUGUCCCCACGUGCAAAGCUACUGCUAUGUACUGACUUUUGGAGUCUCUUUGUUGUGUUUCUUUUGGCUGAUUCUUUAGGUCUGGACCAGAAUCACGGCGGGGAGUAUGCUGCCUAUGAAAGCCUGAUUGAGAGGUUCAUCACAGCCCUCAGAACCUGCGAGGUCGAUCCCUACGUGGUGCUGGACGGAGGCUCGGACCACACCGACAAGAAGCUCGAAACUGUGACACAAAGGGCCGAGCAGCGGAUCGAAAGAGCCCAUCGAGCAGCAAAGGACGGGGGGAAGGAAAACGUCCUGCGAAUUAUGACCAAGUGGGUGUUCAGACAAACGCUGACCCGGCUGAAGGUCCCGGUCGCCCAGUGCUUUGGCGAGGCCGACCGGGAGAUAGCCGCCCUGGCUGAUAAGUGGCAGUGCCCAGUGCUUUCUAACGACAGCGACUUCUACAUCUUCAACCUCUCAGCGGGGUUGUUGCCCAUCUCUUACUUCCAGUGGCAGGAUGUAAAUGGGAAUGGCUCAAAGAGCUACAUCCCUUGUAAGAGAUACUAUACCUCCAGCUUCUGCAUCUACUUCGAAAUCCAAUGCCAGCUCCUGCCCACCUUCGCUGCCCUGGCUGGGAAUGACUACGUGAAGCUGCAGAAGUUUAUCUGGAGUCAGUUUGCCCCAGUCGCCAGUAAGCCUCAGAGCCGCCUGGAAGGCCUGCUGUGCUGGCUGAAGGACUUUGAGGAGCCGGAGGACGCUUUGAAGGCAGCAGUGGAGCUGAUGGGAGGAAAGAGCCGCAAGAACAAGGAGAACAUGAAGAAGAUGCUGCAGAGUUUGUCUGUGGGGAUGGAAGAAUACAAACUGCCUCGCAGCUCGCUGAUGGAGUUCUUCAUCCAUGGGGUCAUUCCUCUGUUCCUAGUUGAGGAGUUCAUGGGUCGCAUCCCAGAUUGGAUGCAGCUGCGUGUGAUGCAGGCCUGGCUGCCCGGGGACACCCUGGAUGUACUGCUGCUUCACAGGCUGAGCCUCAGCACCCCCGUGGACCACAAAGACCUGCCCAGUGUUAACCUGACCUCCAGACCUCUCCGCCAGGUGAUGUACGGGCUGGUGCUGGGCAAAGAGACGUCAUAUAAGGUGGAGGAGAGAGACAGAGAGGGCCUCCAGCUUAAAUUCAUCCGAAUCAAACCAACCUUCAGUCGAGUGGCUCAGCGGCUCCAGCUGAACUCGUUGCAUGAGGCGGAGCUCUCUGAACGUCUGCAGGUCUUACUUGAGGCUCUCGGGGUGAACGAGGAACGUCUGAAUGCGCUGCCGCCUCAGCUGCGCCUCCCAGUGGCCGUGACCUGUUACUGGUGGAACAGAGCUCGGCCUCGUCCGGACCUGAAGCUGCUGAAGUCGCUGCUGCUGGGAAUGAACCUCAGAGACACACCGCAACUCAGCGCAGCUGUGCAGGCUCGCUGUCAUCAGAAGCCUGAUGUGGGCGUGGCUCACGCCUUCAGCCAGUGGCAGGUGUGCAUGAAGGACAGCAUGCACCUGAACCAGCUGCUGGGCCUCCCUCUGCCUGAACCAGACGUCGCACGGUUCUAUCAGGGGACGCUGGUCCACCAGCUGGUCCACAUGAGGAGGACAGGAAGCAGACUGAAGCACGUCCUGAAGACAGACCAGGCCAGUGUGCAGCAGUACUGCGACAUGCUGUCGGCUGUCCGCCGGCUCCGGCCUCGCCAGGCCUCCGAGUUCUCAGAGAGCGAGCAGGCAGAGAGGCGGGCUCUGAACGACCAGACCAACCUGCAGCCGUUCCAGCUGGACUACGACGAGGAGACGGAGACCGAGGUCUGCAGCUUGGCCCGGGCGCAGGAGGAGCUGCGGCUGGAUGAUCGGCUGCUGCUGAAAACUCGGUACAAAACCAAGGAGAGAAGGAAUCGCUGCAACAAAGUGGAACUGAGCCGGAAGGAGGAGCGCCGAGGCACGGACCUCCUCUGACGGUCGGACCGUCGCUGGAACCGCCGUCAGCAUCCGCUCUGUCUGGCGUCAGCCCACUUUCUCCUCCCUCUGUUGCCUCCUUCUUUGCUCCAGACUCUUUAUGGGACAAAUAUCUUCUAUUUUUUCACAAUCUGGGUCAUUUCAGAGGAUUUUACAGCCUUUUAUUUAUGAUUUAACAGAAAACAUGAAUGUAAGUUUACUAAAAGGAACCUCAUCAAUAAAGAUUUAAAUGUUUCUGA